AUGUUCCACUGGCUCCUCCUUCUAUCCAUUCAUCUAGCUCUCCCCGUGUUAGCCAGUCUAAAGGAUCUAUCACAAUGCGAUCCCCUCAAGAAAGAUGCUCAUUGCCCUCCUGAUCCCGCUUUCGCCAGCAAAACCUCCUUUGACUUUACAAAAGCCACCUGGGACGACCAGUUCACUUCCUUCUGGACCGUCGAUUCUUCUACAUCGCAAGACAAACGCCAGCUCACUUUCAACAACACCGAUGGCAAAGGCGCCUCCUUCAACAUCUGGCAAGACAGCCAAGCACCCACUCUAACCAGCAACAGAUACCUCCUCUUUGGUAAAGUCAGCGUCCAAGUCCAAGCCGUCAAAGGUCCCGGCAUCAUCACCGCCAUUGUCCUCAAGUCUGACUCAGGAGACGAAAUCGAUUGGGAACUCCUCGGAGCAUACGAAAACCAAGCCCAAACAAACUACUUUUACGACGGCCAGCCCCUCUUCAACACGUACAACACAACAUACCAUCUCGACACCUCCUCCUUCGCCUCGACACAAAAGUACGGCAUCGAAUGGACCCCCACAAACCUCAGCUUCUCCAUCAACAACAUCAUCCGCAAGUCCUGGCACGUCGGCGACAUCCCAGCCUACAAAUGGCCUCAAACCCCAAUGCAAGUCAAGCUCGGCAUCUGGACCGUCAGCAACAGCGGCGAUCCAGGCACCGUCGUCUGGGCCGGCGGUCUACCCAACUGGACCACCCACGACGCCGACAGGAACCCCUACAGCGCCUAUUUCAAGUCAAUCGAGCUGGAAGAUUAUACCGGCGGCUGCAACGAGACUACCAAGGGCGCCAACGUCGAGUAUCUGUAUGAUGAACGCACCACAGGCUGGCAGGACAUUGACAUCAAGGGAUGCGUCAAACGAUCAACUCCUGGCGCCUAUCCUCCCCCUAUUGCUUCAUCUGAUGGCCCCCAACCCACACAUACCAGCGACGGCGAUAAAUCUCACCCUUCCUCAUCGGCUACUACUGAGGAACAGCCAUCGCAAACGGGAGAGCAAAAUCCAGACUCGUCUGAAAACAGCGGCAAUGAGAGUGACAAUGCGGCGCUACCCAGUGGGAGACCAUCUUCGCCACUCGGUGCAGUGCUCUUCCUCCUUUGGCUUCUCGCUGCGUGA